UUGAGGAUUUCUAUCAUCAUCCUAUCACAAAAUGGCGUCGUCUAAGACCGAUCCACGAAUUGAGUGCUUUGUCUUUCCUUGUGUAGCACAACAACAUGAUCACUGGUUUAGAACCCAAGGAAUAAGCCAUCGUUAUUUCAUCCGAAUUUGUAGGUUUCCAAGGCACUUGUCUUUUGCUUAUCCCAUUCGAUGCUGUAGUCAAAGAGCUGAGACACCCAAAAAACUCGUCCCUUUCAAAAGCAACGUAGAUAAUAAUAAUAAUAAUACUGGUGACGGGAUUGUGAGGAGUUUGGAUAUUUUUUCCAAUCUUUUUCCUUUAUGGAUCUUACUGGGUUCUUGUGUUGCGUUUAUUCGACCUGCUUAUUUUAUUUGGUUCAAAGGACCACAUAUUAUUUGGACUUUGGCUCUUGUUAUGUUAGCUAUGGGUUUGACACUCGAUCUGCAACAACUUGUUCAAGUGACUCGGAAUCCAUAUCCAAUACUUCUUGGUGCUUUGGCUCAAUACACUAUCAUGCCUGUUCUUGGUUAUUUGGUUUCCCGUCUUUUUGCUUUACCUCGCUAUUUUGCUGUAGGCGUCUGUUUAGUUGCUUGUUGUCCCGGUGGAACGGCUUCCAAUCUUGUCUGUUAUUUGGCGGAAGCCAAUGUGGCUUUAUCUGUUUUGAUGACCACGGUGACUACCUUGAUAAGUGUCAUCGUAACACCUUGGCUCAUGUUAUUGGUAGCAGGAACUUUGGUUCCUAUUCAAGUAAAAGCACUUUUCAUGAGCACUCUACAAGUGGUCUUGAUUCCUCUCCUUUUAGGGUUAUCUUUGCGUGUCAUGUUUCCUGGGAUUGUACGUCGUCUUCAACAAUGGCUUCCUAGCUUAUCUGUCAUAGGAGUUGUUCUCAUUUGUGGUAGUAUUGUAGCAGAAAAUGCACCGAUCAUUCGUCAAACCGGAUUCCAUUUGAUGUUGGCACUUUCAGUGUUACAUUUGGGUGGAUUUGGGUUAGGUUAUUGGGUAUCUAAAUGGCUAGUAGGUGGCCAUAGAAGAGAAGAUAUAUCCAUAUAUCGUACAAUAUCCAUCGAAGUGGGGAUGCAGAACAGUGGUUUAGGUGCUGCUUUAGCAAAAGCACAUUUCAGCAACCCGUUGACAGCAGUUCCUUGUGCUAUAUCGGCUACUAUGCAUUCCAUUUAUGGUAGUUUGAUUGCUGGUUAUUGGAGAUGGAAUAACCGACGUGGUAAAUAAUACAAUAUAUGUAUAGAACAAGGUGAUGAUGAGACCAACGAUAUCUUGGGACACCUUCAGACAGUGUUGAAAAAUU